GCACCCUUUCUAGAGAAAAGUGGUUCAGCUAGAGAAGGAUUUUCCCCUUUGCUCUUGUCUUGCUUUUCUUUCCUUCUUUUUAUUUGUAUUAAUAAGAAUGUUUGUAAAAAGGCAUUAACUUGCUAAGGUAAUGUAGCAAGUUCUGAUGAAGCAUCCAUACGUAUACAGGACUCUAUUUUAGAAACAGAUUUCCUGGAAAUGCUUUAAUAAGAUGGCUGAACAAAGGCAGCGUGCUUUAUCUACAUCGGGACAAGCACUCUAUGAACUUCUGGGUCUUGAGAAGGGGGCAUCCCAUGAAGAAAUCAAGAAAUGUUACAGGAAGUUGGCCCUGAAAUAUCAUCCUGACAAGAACCCCGAUAACCCAGAGGCUGCAGAGAAGUUUAAAGAAAUCAAUAAUGCUCAUGCUAUACUAACUGACGGCUCCAAAAGAAACAUAUAUGACCAAUAUGGAUCAUUAGGGCUUUACAUCGCUGAACAAUUUGGUGAAGAAAACGUCAAUACAUACUUCAUGCUUUCAAGUUGGUGGGCAAAGGGCCUGUUUGCAAUCUGUGGCCUUUUGACCGGCUGUUACUUUUGCUGUUGCUUGUGCUGCUGUUUCAACUGCUGCUGUGGAAAGUGCAAGCCUAAGGCACCAGAAGAAGAUCAAGAAUUCUGCUUGUCUCCAGAGGAUCUAGAAGAGCAAAUUAAGACAGACAUGGAAAGAGAUGGGGAAACUCCAAUUCUGCUUCAGCCGACAAAUGCAACUGAGAAAACCCAGCUUAUUGGAGACAGUCGUCGCAGCUACCACACCGACUCAUAAACUAGAAGCCACUGGAGUCUGACAGUCACCAAAGAAGUUAUGGAUUGUAAAGUACUGUUACAACAUUUUCAUAUAUGACACUAGGACUGCUGCACUCCUGUGCACACUUAGGUGGAAAUAAAUCCCACUGAAGUCAGUUGGGACCGGCUUCUGAGAGAACACGCAUAGGAUAACACAGUAAGAGCAUAUCUGAGCAAAUCAGGUGUGUUUCUGUACAUGUAUGCAAGGAAUAUAAAGUGGGAAAGAACCAUUUUUUAAAAUGAAUAUGCGUGCUAGAGAUAUCAGAGAUAUAGAAAGCUGUUCUAGUGUCAUGUGUGAAAAUGUCCCUAGUCUUCUGCAUAAUUGCACCUGAUUUGUGCUUUAAACAGAGGUGAGUUGGACAUAGUUUCUUCUUUAAUCCUAGGAGUGUUAGAACUUACAGCUUGUCCACACUUCCAUUUGCCCUGCUGCUUUCCCUGGGAAAACAAACAAACAAAC